UUUGUUAAAGUUCCACGUGGACCUGAUCGUCCCGGAAAAGGUUCAUAUUGGACAUUGCAUCCCGACGCUGGAAAUAUGUUCGAGAAUGGUUGCUAUUUGCGACGACAGAAACGUUUCAAAUACAAAUCAUUCAGAUAUGAUGACAAUAGUAAUUCAAUAUGCUCAACAGCAAAUGAUUGUUCUUCAAGACAGGCCAAUAAUAUUCGAACGGAUUCAUGCACAAAACAAGCAUCAAAAGCUCGAUCACGCGCAGCUAAUAAUGGACAACAUCAACAAUCUUCAUCAGGUAUUACAUCGACAAAUCUGAAUAAAAACGAUCCAUUAGCAUCAAACAGU